UCAUUAUCCACAAAAUUUCAAUUUUAAUUUUGCUUCUUCCUUCCUCCUAUUUGUUAUAAUAUUUACAAUUCCUCAAUCAUUGUAAAUAACACAUUCAUAUUAAUCAUCGAUCUUCUUAUAUCUAUCUAUCUAUCUAUCUAUCUUUAGUUUCGUUUUUUGUUUUUGUUUUUGUUAUUGUUAUUUCCCCCCUAUCAUUCUUAUGUUUAACCUAAAGGGUGGUGGCUAUGUUUAAUACACCCUUUGUUAUAUCCUUUGCACUUUUGUUAUCAUUCCCUCUCCUUUUCCUUUUCGCGCCACAAAUCUUUCCACCUAAACACGUUGAGAUCUCAAUCCCUGAUGAACUUGAUGAUCUUGCUUUAUUUCGUCGCGCAACCCUAGCUUCUAUCGACAUGAAUGGUGGUGCCAUCUCACGACUUGGCACCACCAAUCCACGUAUGAAGAUCGCGUUUCUCUUCCUUACCAACACCGAUCUUCAUUUUUCCCCGUUAUGGGAGCGAUUUUUCGCCAAUCAUGAUGACCUAUUCAACAUUUACAUCCAUGCAGAUCCAUCAUCAAAGAUUACCCCACCUAACGGACGCGUCUUCAAAGGACGUUUCAUCGCGUCCAAGCGAACCCAACGUGCAUCCCCUACCUUAAUAUCAGCCGCUCGCCGCCUUAUGGCGACCGCCCUCCUCGACGACCCGUUAAAUUACUAUUUUGCCCUUGUAUCGCAACAUUGCAUUCCUCUACAUUCAUUCAACUUUAUUUACAACUCACUCUUCCAAUCUCAAUUCCCGGAAUAUCGUAGCUUCAUUCAAAUACUAUCGAACGAAUCGUACAUGUGGGACCGCUACGUGGCACGUGGCGAGACUGCGAUGCUACCCGAGGUACCGUUCGAUCGGUUCCGGUUCGGGUCACAAUUCUUUGUCCUGACCCGAAGACAUGCGUUGGUCGUGAUCAGAGAUAGAAGAUUAUGGAGGAAAUUUAGAAUGACUUGUUUAAAUGAAGAUUCAUGUUACCCUGAGGAACAUUAUUUUCCUACGCUUUUAUCGAUGGAAGACCCUCAAGGGUGCACACAAUAUACUUUGACACGUGUCAAUUGGACGGAGAGUGUUGACGGACACCCAAGAACUUAUUUUCCUAGAGAAAUUUCACCGGAGCUUAUUUAUAAGCUCCGGGAAUCAAAUUCUACGUAUUCACAUAUGUUUGCGAGAAAAUUCUCACCGGAUUGUUUGAAACCUUUGAUGGAUAUCGCGGACAAGGUUAUUUUUCGGGAUUAAAGGCAAGUUCGAAAUAUUAUUUUUAGGUUAUUGUAGGAACUCAAAAACUUCAAAGGCUAAAGCAGGAAGAGGCUAAAGCCCAUGCCAAAGCCCUCUCACAAUAAACAAAAUUAUGUUGCUAUUUGGUGGUGUCUCUUGUACAUAAAAUUAGAGAUCAACUUACCUUUGGCUUACUUGCUUUGUUGUGUUUACAAAGUGAGAAAAAAAUAAUUGGUGUGAUGGUCACAAAAAUUGGUGCUAAUUAUGAGCUUAGAAUGCAGUUUAGAGAAGGAUUUGGUGCAAAAGGAUAAAGUAAAAAGUAGCGGAACGAAAUUUAUCUUUUUGUUCGCCUUUCUUUUUACACAUUCUUUCUUUCUGAGGUUUCGACUUGUAACUUACAUAUAUCUACCUCUUAUUAACUUUUUAUUAUAUUAUAUAAACCUCGUAUUUUAUAUUUGUGUAA